AUGAAAAAACGACUGGACAAAAAUCAUGUGGUUAAGAACAUUGGAAAACGACUCUAUAUACUACAUGGAACCAAAGGUGUGAAACUCAGUAAAAAUGUUGUUAUUCACUUGCAAAAAUGCAUAAAAUAUGCCCUUUCUAAAAUUCUGUGCAAAGAGGAACUGGAGGAGAACUUGAGAGCUAUUCUACCUCAUCAUUUUGGUGAUCAUUCUGUGUACCAUGCUCGAUUUUGUGGGUUUAAACGAAAUCCAGGUGAAAAAUAUAUUCACAGAAGUCUUCCCUACAAAUCUGCUUUGAAGGACGACAAACUUAUCCAGGAUCUCCAGCCCAUCUUCGAUCAAGUAGCAGCACGGGCAGCCCUGUAUGUAGACCUCGGCUCUAGUCAACAGUGCGAACAUGCCAACAGAGAAGUCACUCUAAGGGUACCGAAGUCUCACCACUAUGACAACUCUGAGGCACUUGAUUUCAGGGUCCAUGCUACAGCAGCCUUCAUAAAUGAAGGAAGAAGUUACAUUUCCAAGGUUAAUGAAGAGGCUGGUUUGUCUCCUGGAAACUACACCCAGAAGUAUGCAGACAAACAGUUCAAGCGGCAACUGAAGGUUGAAAAGAGGUCAAAAUUUCCCUCGACAAAGAGAAUGCGACUACAGUUAAAACAACAGAGGAAUGUUACACAAUGGGCAUUGCAGGCACUUGAGGAGAUUGGAUUAGCUGAUGAGAUUGACACAGAACAAAUCCCAGAUCCUGUCCCCCGUGGUGUUUUCAAGCCUGUCACCUUGUCCAGUGGAACUCCUUCUCUUGUAAUGUUUGAUUUAGAGACUACAGAUCUGAUUCGAGGAAGAAACAUAACUUCACUGCAUGUUCUCAUAGCAAAAGGCAUUGUGAAACAUAAUACAGCUGAAAACAUUGCAGGUUCUGGAUUGAACUUGUCACACCUUCACAAAAUAUUUCAGAGAGAUGGUGAGGAUGGACUAAGAGCUACAUUUUCACAAAAAACAUCCGACGGUCAGCCACGAGUUUCGUCUACAAAACGUGUUCUGGAUUCUGUCAUUCCAAAACUUGUGGAAUAUUUUGAGAAACAAUAUGAAACAUGA